GUUUAAUCAAACAGUUAUCGUAGACAAACUCACAUAUUCGCAACAAAUACUAUAAGCGGUGUGACUCGCGACAACGCUCACAUCUCCCAAUUGGCCUAUAUUGGGGCAAACCAUACUACCGAACUCUGCGAACCGAGGGGUCGAGGGGUUCCGGUAAACCAGACGCCUAGGCCAAGUAUAUUAUUAGAAAGAAAGGGGGGAGGGGCAGAAACUCCCCGGAUCUAGUAUCGACGCUGUCCAACCCCAAAAAUCACCCGACCCCCGACCCCGAAAUAUAAUUCGUCAUCACAAGUCCGUUUGUCGCCUUUUGUCAUUCGUCUCACCUAUACAAUCACUACCCGAACCCGAAACUCAAAACUCGAAACAUCACAACAACACGGAUGAUCUCAACUAGUUUAGAUUCGAUACAUACCCUGUUAAUUUCAUGCGCAAUUGUCUAUCAUCUCUACUAUCUCGCCCCAAACGCCUUCACCAACCAAUCCCCUCACCCCCUAAACCUAUCAUCUCCCCCUCCCACCAAACCCAGUCCCAAAGCACCACCAUGCCACCCCUCCGCAUAGCCAACCUCGGCUCCUCCUUCGCCGCCGGCCCCAGCAUCCCACCAUGCGUAGACGAGGACGCCGGACGCUCAGGCGCCAACUUCGCAUGUCUGAUCCACCAGCGCAUCCCCGGCUCCUCGCUAACGGACCUCACGGUCUCCGGCGCCAUCCUGCCUAACCUGACCACCGAGCCCCAGGACCGAGGCGGCCGCAUCUUCCCCCCGCAAAUACAGGGGUUGCCCGAGGACUCGGACCUUGUGUUCGUGCUGGGCGGCGGCAACGAUAUCGGGUAUAUCGGCGGCUUGUUCGAGGACACGUUAUCCGCGACUUGGCUCGGCACUUUCGUUAUGAAAGUGCGUGGAACGGGCGGCGCACCUGUUUCGACUGUGGAUCUUGAUGUCGAUGGGCUUGCGGCUAGGUACGCCGGCGUGCUGGACGAGAUUCACGCUAAGGCGCCCAAAGCCCAGGUCUUGGUCGUGGAGUACCUGACGAUGCUAGGCUCGCACGUGCAGCCCGGGAAGGACGUGCCGUUUGGCGAAGAGCGCGUCGCGCACCAUAAGGCUGUAAGCGCGCGAUUACUAGAGGCUACGACGAAGGCGGUUGAGGGCCGCGCGGAGUGGUGCCAUGUCGUGUCCGUGGGCGAGCCCAGCGAGGACCACGCUAUAGGGGCGCCGGACCCCUGGGUUUCCGGGUUCUCGUGGAAGCUGUUUUACGCGGGGGGCGCGUAUCAUCCCCGCGCUGAGGGCAUGAAGGCUGUUGCUGAUAUCAUUUAUAAGAAACUUGUUGAGCUGAAGAUAGUGGAUGAGGGUGAGCUGUGAUAUGGUGGGUGACGUAGGUGGGUUAUAUGUGAUUCGUUGGGUGUGGGUUUUAAGAAUGCUAGAUAUGUGAUGGAACUAGGUAUGCAUGAGGAUGACGGAAGUAGAGGUUUUACAUAAACCACCUGUAUGCGUGGUUCGCAUUGGAUCCUUGAGAUGGUAAAGAUCUGAGGAUCGAAGCAUUAUAAACUAGGUACAUAUGAGGCGUGCAAUGUAUAGGCAACGACAUGAAAGAGUUAUAGGUACUUAGGUACCUACAUCGAGUUACGAAAUUGUAUUAUUUAAAGAGUUCGUAGUUUACUGGCUUCUCCUAAGGCUAUUGAAUAUCUUCAUAAUUGGCUGUUUGACUUCUCG